CUGAACAAAUAGCUGAAUAUGGUAGGCCUACUAUGCUGAUUUUACAUGUUGGUGUUCAACAUCUGUUGUAUUGAACAUUCUAAAACUGGUGUAAAAUGUUGCUGCCAUAUUAAUAGACCCGUUGAAUGUUAUCGUUUUGAUUCUGGAAUCCCGCACGUAAACUGGUUGGCAAAAAAAGAGCAAAGACGGACGGUUCACUUGACGGAGAAACCGUCACUUUCCUCAUAUCAGACAACUCGUAACUCUGGAUGAAAAUGAAGGCUUUCUUUUAUUGUCACUUUCCUUUGUAAACCUUUAGAAAUAACCUCCUGAAUCCUUGUUAUAACGCUGUGUAGGCCUAUAAUCCCGGACUUCAACAGCUUGUCGGCAUGUUGUUAGUGUGUGAAAUUCAGCACAGUAUCAGCCGAGUUUACUCUAAUUUCCACAUUGUUUACUUGCUAACGUUUGUGAAUAACAGUGGCUAGUUGGCAGAACUCUUUUUACACACCAAUAGAGUGUUUAUCAGAGCAGAGCCCUGAAUGUGACGUCACCUGUAAUCUCGUCCCUGUAAACAAUGGAUGUUGCGCAGCAUUUAUUAUGACGUCAUUAUAUAGACUCUCUCUCAGCACCCCCCCCCUCGGACUGACUUCCCGCGUCCCUGUUCGUAAAGAAACUAACUUUGGAUAAACUAAGAAUGUCGUCCGCUGACACAUUCGUAAUCGAUCCGCUGACCGUCACCGUGAGUUCACUGUCAUGUUGCUUGUUCUUCAUCUUGGUGGCUCUGCUGCUGGUGCUGAUCUACAGGAGGGAUCCGUUCUGCUGCAGGACAGCCAGCUCCCGAACCACGAAUGAACCUCCCCACUAUCACAGCAGGGACGCUCUGGUUGGCUUUGGACUACAUGACGACAGAAUCAUGAACUGUGAUGACUUUGACCAUAAUCAACUACCCAGAGGUCCCUUCGUGAUCGGGAAGCCCAGUGAUUACCACCUGCCGGGGGCCGCCCCACGCCUGCCGUCCUACGAGAGUGUCCGCAGGAAGGACCGGAGAACGCUCAUCCACCACAUGAUCUCUGAGCGCUUCAGCCUGAGGACCAGCUCGCGCGGUGACUGGGAGCCUCCUCCUCCGUCAUACGCCGAGUCCCUCCACCAGCCUCUCCACGUUCCCUCCCUGGGUUUGGGGCGUCUGGAUGAACACGGGGUUCCUGCCCAGGACCAAGAUGGCCGUUCUUCAAACAGGGACCACAGUGCAUCACCUGAACAUCCGGAGCCACAUCUUCCGACCAGCCAGGACCGCAGAGUCUGACCAGAUAAAGCUACCGUACCAACUGGGGGGGCUGUCCUCUCUCGUCAGCUCGUCUCUUACAGGCUGUGCACAGGAGAAAGAUUGUCGGGCCUUGUAUAAUGUUAAAGGGUUAUGAAAGGCGUGUGAGGCGCCUGUGAUGACGGGAUUUGAGGAUCGUGACGACUCAUGCCAACACACUUAAAAUCACAGAGGCCCAGGUUGCUAUUGUAAACUGCUAUCGCAACAUGUGUGUGUUCGCUCUUUGCUUUGGCAAGGGGAAGAAUUCAAAGUUAUCAAUUUACCAGAGCUGGAAUCCUGGAAUAUGAUAAUUACUUUGCCAACGUCUAUGGACGUGUGGGGUAUAAGGAUCCUUUUUGUCAAAGUUGUUGGACAGAGGUCCAACGGUGGUUUUCGUCAAGGAACAACAUGUGGUCAGCCGAAAAAACUGAACUUUAACUCAAGGCAGGCAAACAUCACCUAUGAUCAUUAGCUUGUGAGGGAGAGAGGAAGGAUAAUGAAAGUUACUGAUUAACCCAGCUCAAAUACCAGACACAGGCAGACGAAACAAACACUGGGAGCUGUUUGGUGUGUCCAGAGUUUUGUUCAGAUUAAUUUUUCUUCAUUGUCAAUGUUUAACAAAUUGUGUGCCUUAGGGUUCUACUUGGUGCCUCUCCAUGAUUGAUACCAAUGACAUCCUGUCCACGGCUUUCAGUAUGUAACAUAGAAUUCCCUUUAGACACCACAUAUAAAGAGUCAGCAGGGACAAGGACUGCAUUCCUCUCAUAAGUUGUGUAACUUGAAUUCUAUUAAUGCCUUCUUUGUGUUCACCCUUGCUCCAGCUGUGACAGAGUAUAAAACGACCUAAACUCCCCACAUAACAUUCAUUCCACUCUGACACGAGCAACCCUGAACUCACUCCCAUUCAGAGAGUACCAGGCGCUGUGCUCACUCCCCUGCAUACCACGGGAACCCCCAGCCCUCCACGUCAAAAGCCGUGUUUGACUUGCUUUCAUAACUGCAAUGUGGUCAGUGAAUCAUUGGGGAAAAGGAGUGUCGGAUAUCAGAUAUUAUAGACAACGAAAGCAACACUAAUAGACAAGUUUAGAUACAUGGAAGGAACAAGGUCUGUAAGUGAACUGGCCCAUAGCAGGCCCUGGAGAUUAGGUUACAUGUUAUUUUGUGUAGAAAGCAAUAAGAAGU